CUUACACAACACACUUAAGUACAUGGCUUCUUCUUCGCUCUUCUUCCUUACUCUCUUUAUCUUGACCCUGAUAUCUGCCGUUACUGCCUGCCCCCCGUCAGACCGGGCAGCACUCUUAGCCUUCAAGGACGCCCUGACCGAACCUUAUCUCGGCAUCUUCCAGACUUGGACGGGCAACGACUGCUGCCAGGGCUGGUACGGUCUCAGCUGCGAUCCAAACACCCACCGUGUCACCGAUAUCAACCUCCGAGGCGAGUCACAAGACCUUAUCUUCCAGAAGCUUCAACGCACCGGCUACAUGACCGGAAAUAUCUCGCCGGAGAUUUGCAAACUCACCGGACUUUCCACACUCGUGGUCGCCGACUGGAAGGCAAUCUCCGGAGAGAUCCCCUCCUGCAUUUCAUCGUCACUUUCCUCGCUUCGAAUCCUCGAUCUCACCGGAAAUCAGAUCUCCGGUGAUAUUCCGUCCGACAUCGGGAAACUCCGGCGACUCACAGUUUUGAGCCUUGGCGACAAUGCCAUCUCCGGCAAGAUUCCGAAGUCGAUCGUCAACCUCGCCGGGCUCAAACACCUUGACCUCAGCAACAACCAAAUCUCCGGCGAGUUGCCGUGGAAUUUCGGAAAUCUCAGAAUGCUGAGUCGCGCUCUGUUGAGUCGAAACGAACUCACCGGUUCGAUACCAAAAUCGGUUUUUAAAAUGAACCGGCUUGCGGAUCUUGAUUUAUCGAUGAACCGGAUUACCGGUUCAAUCCCGGUCCAGCUUGGAAAAAUGAAGGUUCUUUCAACACUUAAAUUGGAUGGUAACUCUAUGUCAGGUCAAAUACCUUCGAAAUUAUUGAGUAAUUCGGGUAUGGGUAUAUUGAAUCUGAGCCGAAACGGGUUCGAGGGUGCUAUACCCGAUGUUUUUGGCGUAAGGACCUAUUUUAUGGCACUUGAUUUGUCCCAUAAUAACUUGACCGGUAAGAUACCCGGUUCGUUAUCUUCGGUUCGGUUCGUUGGGCACUUGGAUCUGAGCCACAACCAUCUUUGUGGAACCAUUCCGAUUGGAUCACCGUUUGAUCACCUCGAUGCGGCAUCGUUUAGUGACAAUGAUUGCUUGUGCGGAAAUCCAUUGAAGAGUUGUGUUUCCACCUAUAUCAGCAUGUCUGAUACCUUGCUACAUCAGAAUGGCGUCUUUCUAACGGUUGGCUUAAUCCGUGAAUCCAGUUAUCCUCCCAUAUGUUAA